GCACAGUGGCUCCUAGCUGAUGACGAAGCUCUCGUUGAAGGUUUGGAAGCCGAGAAAUUGGCAGGCCACCAGACAGAUAACGGAUGGAAACCUUGCACCUGGACUGUGAUUGAGGCCGUUGUGAACGCUGUUCGAACGAGGGGUGCGUUUAAGACGGGGACUAAGUGCAAGGAUCACUGGAGGAAUACACUACUUCCUCAGUACCGAGAUAUUGUGAAAUGGUCGAAGAACUUCUCAGGCUUUGGAUGGGACUCGGAGACGAAGAUGUUCACCGCAUCUGAAGAGGUGUGGGAUGACCUCAUCAAGGCCCAACCGAAAGCCAAGGUUCUUUGGGAUGGCAAGAGAUUUCCCUUGUAUGAGCGCAUUCAUGCUCUGAUGGAAGGACAACAUGCCACCGGAGCUGCCACUGUACGCAUUCCCCAACCCACCGAGUCUGUCUCUACACCUGCCACCCCCACUCGCACACAUGCUCAAACCACCCAUGCUGAGUCCCCUGCCUCCGAACCUGUUGAAGGCUGGUCUCCUUCCCCAAUUUCAUGCAAGCGUCGCUCCCCCACGUUCUCUCCCAGCGCCGGACGCUCGUCUCGCCGUGCUCGUGUCACUGGGCCCACCGCAAUCAACAACGUGGCUAGUGCGCUGGGGCAGAUGGCCCAGGCUGCGAUCAGCCUUCCACUCACUCCGCUCAAGCGUGCGACUGCCGCUAUCGAGAGUGAUGUGUUGCUGACUGAGGAAGACAAGCUUGACCUUCUCUUCUUCCUCCCAGAUUAG